AUGUCUUACUGUCUCCACUCAGAAAGCGACUGGGAUACUGGGCCAAUAUAUGUGCGUGAAAAUGGGAAGCUGCACGUGGUAAAUCAGGGUGCAGGCGGCGUACGGAAUGUCACUGCCGAAACAAGACCUUUUAGGCUGUUUUCCAGAGGAUUUUCAGUGGAGCUUUGUAUGAACAGGGAGGACGAUAGGGCAAGGAGGCAGAGGACUGAUCAUUUCAUCUUCACGUACACCAAGGAGGGCAAUCUCCGGUACUCGGCCAAGUCUCUCUUCAGCCUAGUGCUGGGUUACAUUUCUGACAAUGUCGAUCACAUUGACUCGUUGAUUGGUUUCCCAGAGCAGAUUGCUGAAAAGCUCUUUUCAGCUGCAGAAGCAAGACAGAAGUUCACAGAACCAGUAACAGGACUGAGAGCUCUACAGAAGUUUACUGAAGCAUAUGGCAAUUUGGUGCUGUGUUCAUUAUGCUUGCGGAAUAGAUACCUGGUUAUCUCUGAAAAGCUAGAAGAAAUUAAGUCUUUCCGGGAGCUGACGUGUUUGGAUCUUUCCUGCUGUAAACUUGGAGAUGAACAUGAACUGCUGGAACACCUCACUAAAGAGGCUCUGUCUAGCGUAAAGCAGCUUCUCCUGAAAGACAAUUCUUUAUCUGAUGCUGGCCUUCGCAGAAUGACAGCUCCAGUACGAGUAUUGAAAAAGGGACUUGAGAAUCUUCUGGUGUUAGACUUGUCUUGUAACCCUAAAAUCACAGAUGUGGGAAUUGGAUACCUUCUUUCUUUCAAGAAACUGAAUUGUUUGGACAUUUCUGGGACAGGUCUCAAGGACGUGAGCGCUGUCAUUAAGCGGAUCCAAACGCAAAUAGGCCUGGUUCACUCCAAAGUGCCUCUGAAAGAAUUUGAUCACAGUAACUGCAAAACAGAGGGAUGGGCAGAACAGACCAUUCUGCAGUGGGAGCAGGCAGUUAUGGAGACCAUCAAGCCACAAGACAACUUGAGAACAGCAGCUCUGCACUUCUAUGGCAAGACACACAGAAUACAGGAGGUAGUCAAAUGCAAGCUAGUGGAGGCAGAAACAAAAGCAUGUGAAAGCUUGCAGUUUUAUAAGGAAAAAGUUCAAAAUUGUCAUUUCCCUUUGAAAAAGGAGGUUGCAGGAAGCCAUGACUUAAAGAACAGUAAAAAAAGAGCGUUGGCUGAACACGAGAGAGAAAGGACUUCCAAACAGAAGCAUCUGUGCCUCACUGUGGAGGACUGGGAUUUGUUAAAUACCUACUGA